AAAGUGGGGCUGAUGUAUAGCAAUGGACGGUACAACAUGUAGGUUAUGAUGCCUCUCCACAGAACCGACACACAAAGUUUUCCGGUAAGCACCCUGCUGCUGAUUCGCUCUGUGUUGUUUUCAGCUUCUGUGUUACAAAGAGGCCAAGAAGCUCCCACAUCCAGACACUUUGGACCGUCUCGAGGAGUGGACAAAACACCCCAGCCCAGUUUUCCGUUCACUUGGUCUAAGAGGACUCGGCAUCCUGGCAACCCAACCAGGGAAGGUGGAACAAGUCAAGGCCCUUCUGCCUGCCAUCCUUUGGGGCUCAGAUGAGAUGGAUGAUGGGAGUAUUCUGGAGGCCAUCUCAGCUGUUCAGAACCUUCUGCAGAGCCUGGAUGGGAGUGAGCACACCAGCAUGGCCAGGAAGCUAAUCCCCUUACUCGAUGCUGUGAGACCCCAGGUGCGCUCUGCUACCAUCAUGCUCUUUACAAAGUUGCUUAACACAGUGAAGAGGAGGCAGAAGCCCCUGCUGCAGGAGGAAGUGACCCGCAGCCUGGUCUCACUGCUCCUUCACUUACAGUACGAGGACCCUGACGUGGGCAAGAGGUGUCAGAAAGCCUUGGCUGGGUGUUUUCAGCUCCUGGGAUGGUCUUGUCCUAAGCAGAUUAACAGCAAGAAGGCUUGGCACACCCAUCCCCAGGUGGUGGACAAGAUCUGCCAGCACUCUGUGCUGAAGCUCAAGAACGUAUCUGACAUCUUGCUCCAAUGUCUGGAUCACCUCCAAAGCCCCCAGGCUCCAAUACGACAGGCAGCAGCCAUCUUUAUCGCUCUCAGUGGCCUGAAGCAAGAUCCGGAUUCCUCUGUCCGUGUCAGUGUCUCACGGGCCAUUCAGCAAGUUCGGGAUGGUGGCAGAAACCAGUCACGUCAGACCCUAGGAGCUAGAUUCAGGAACCUGCUCUGCUGCUUGACCGGCCAGGAGGAGAGGGAAAAUGCUCCUGACAGAGUUCUCUUGAGUGGCCCGGACCCUUCCCAAAGCCACCUAUGGGACUCAGGAGGGCACAGAGAAGUUGGUGACUGGAGGAGGUUGGCUGAGCCACCACCCCAGGCCCGAAGCCAGUGCCUGCAUGAUCCUCUGGUAAUUACGUGCAUUGUUCCCCAUGAGAUGUAG